UAUACAGUUAGUUUGCAUUAGACAAUUCUUGCAACAUACACUGUUGAGGGAAUUCGAAACAUGAGGAAUAUACUACUGACGGCAUCACUUUGCCUUCUACUCCUUUUAUCAAAUAACAAUGCAAUUAGUGAAAAAACGCAACCCGUCACAACUAUGUCAGAAACCACUGAGUCCAAUGGCCGUCAUCUACGAUCGACUACCACGCCUCAUUUCAAGUCGACAACACCAGAAACGCAACCCGUCACAACUAUGUCAGAAACCACUGAGUCCAAUGGCCGUCAUCUACGAUCGACUACCACGCCUCAUUUCAAGUCGACAACACCAGAAACGCAACCCGUCACAACUAUGUCAGAAACCACUGAGUCCAAUGGCCGUCAUCUACGAUCGACUACCACGCCUCAUUUCAAGUCGACAACACCAGAAACGCAACCCGUCACAACUAUGUCAGAAACCACUGAGUCCAAUGGCCGUCAUCUACGAUCGACUACCACGCCUCAUUUCAAGUCGACAACACCAGAAACGCAACCCGUCACAACUAUGUCAGAAACCACUGAGUCCAAUGGCCGUCAUCUACGAUCGACUACCACGCCUCAUUUCAAGUCGACAACACCAGAAACGCAACCCGUCACAACUAUGUCAGAAACCACUGAGUCCAAUGGCCGUCAUCUACGAUCGACUACCACGCCUCAUUUCAAGUCGACAACACCAGAAACGCAACCCGUCACAACUAUGUCAGAAACCACUGAGUCCAAUGGCCGUCAUCUACGAUCGACUACCACGCCUCAUUUCAAGUCGACAACACCAGAAACGCAACCCGUCACAACUAUGUCAGAAACCACUGAGUCCAAUGGCCGUCAUCUACGAUCGACUACCACGCCUCAUUUCAAGUCGACAACACCAGAAACGCAACCCGUCACAACUAUGUCAGAAACCACUGAGUCCAAUGGCCGUCAUCUACGAUCGACUACCACGCCUCAUUUCAAGUCGACAACACCAGAAACGCAACCCGUCACAACUAUGUCAGAAACCACUGAGUCCAAUGGCCGUCAUCUACGAUCGACUACCACGCCUCAUUUCAAGUCGACAACACCAGAAACGCAACCCGUCACAACUAUGUCAGAAACCACUGAGUCCAAUGGCCGUCAUCUACGAUCGACUACCACGCCUCAUUUCAAGUCGACAACACCAGAAACGCAACCCGUCACAACUAUGUCAGAAACCACUGAGUCCAAUGGCCGUCAUCUACGAUCGACUACCACGCCUCAUUUCAAGUCGACAACACCAGAAACGCAACCCGUCACAACUAUGUCAGAAACCACUGAGUCCAAUGGCCGUCAUCUACGAUCGACUACCACGCCUCAUUUCAAGUCGACAACACCAGAAACGCAACCCGUCACAACUAUGUCAGAAACCACUGAGUCCAAUGGCCGUCAUCUACGAUCGACUACCACGCCUCAUUUCAAGUCGACAACACCAGAAACGCAACCCGUCACAACUAUGUCAGAAACCACUGAGUCCAAUGGCCGUCAUCUACGAUCGACUACCACGCCUCAUUUCAAGUCGACAACACCAGAAACGCAACCCGUCACAACUAUGUCAGAAACCACUGAGUCCAAUGGCCGUCAUCUACGAUCGACUACCACGCCUCAUUUCAAGUCGACAACACCAGAAACGCAACCCGUCACAACUAUGUCAGAAACCACUGAGUCCAAUGGCCAUCAUCUACGAUCGACUACCACGCCUCAUUUCAAGUCGACAACACCAGAUGGUGAAAUUACUUACUAUAAUCGAAGUUAUGCACUAAACGCAUACGCAGAUUCAUACCGUGAGGUUGUGGAUUAUAAAUUUCGCAUGCUUGAAAUUCAGACUUACAAAGGUCCCCGGAAUUUCGAAGAAAUAAUAAAACCUGAAAUCCUUAGACUUGAGCACUUAUAUCAAAGUAAAUGGGCGAAGGAAUUUCUCGAAUCAACUGGUGCAGGGGAUGAGAAGCUCGUGAAUUCUUAUAUUGAUGAAUACAGGAAGGCAUUGGAAGAAGAUACAGCUUUUGAUUACAAAGUCCUUGCUAAUAAACAAUUAUACAAUCUGACGAAAACGCAUAUAUCGAAGAAAUGGAAAAAUCGAAAAGAUCUCAAUAUUGCAGAAGGUAUUUUUUUUGCGGAGACAUCAGACAGUUUGAAGAAUGACGAAGCUAAGCUUAAAGUACUGGAAACAGCAGCAGUCAGAACAACUCAUGAAUACAGAGAUACUUUAAGUGAGUGCAUAUAUUCAUCAAGUAUAAAUCAAAGUACAAAAAAGCUAUGGCAAGCCUAUUACGAUUCACCAUUUGUUGAAUUUGGUGAUGAUUAUGUGUGAAAAGCAGAAGCGUUUAAUUAGUCAUCAACACACAGACGUCUGACGAACACAAUUUUUCACAACUAUUCCAUAAUAUUCACUCAGUUGUACAAAUGACGUGGAGCCAAGAUCGACUUCCACCUUGCUUUACAUUGGAAAGCAGACAGAAGAGUAGACCAGGUGAAGAUGAUGUUGACUGUAGAAGUGGACUAGGUAAUACUGUGAAAGAAUUUAAUUCAAUGUGAGAUUUGUUCAGUGAAUAUAACACAUAUUGUCACAGUAUUUAUAAAUGGAUGACGUUUCUAGGGAAAAUGUUCUCUCAUAAUCAUACCCCAUGAUUGUUUCAUUGUUACUUAGAUUUUUUCCGGAAUCCCAAGAAUAGAAGAUAUACAAGUGGUGAGCAAACAAUUUUACCCUGCUUGAAGUUAAAAAUGCAUUCAUCAUCAAGCUCCAUGCAGUUCAUAUUUGAUUGAAAACAAUGACACUUCUUCAGCACUUCAUGUUUACCAGAGAAUGACAUCAUAAUUGGAUCACCGUGAAUACCUCAGUGACACAAAUAACGAAAGUUUUGAUCGUCAACAAGCCAUCAUUGAAUGAACGAAUAUCAACACACAUGACAUUUUGUAUUGACAGUAACUUGUUCCUGGAGAAGGUAACGAGGUCACACAAAUCAGACGGCAAUUAAAAGUAGGAAUUUACUCACCAAAAUGAAAAUUCAAAGCGCGCGUAUUACUUACAUAAAUCUCAUUCUAUACUGAAUGCAUUUGUAUGAGGUAUUUUCCUUCAAUAAUGACAAGUACGUUUGCAACGGUGAGUUUGAUAACAAGUUAUUAUUCCUUUCAGACUACGAGUAUGCCGCUAAAAUUAAGGAAUUGUAUCAGAAGGCUCGUACUGAUUUCGCCAGCGCCACAAGUAAUUUUAAAUGGUUAUUUGGCUUGAUCUCAUGUGAUAUUUCAUAGUUCUAGUGAUGAAUACACUUCUCAGGGAAUUUCACUUUCGUAAGAGGCAAAAAAGCCUUUAUGGCUAAUGAUGUGUAUAUUAUCGAGUCAUCGUAUUCACUCACACCAAAUUGGGCUGUAUUAUUGAUAAAAUCAGCAAUAUUACUUGUCACAUUAAUAUAAAAAUCUGCAAACUGUUGGACGGUAGGUGACAAUUAAGUCUGAAAUAUCUAUGCGCAAGAGCGUCACGUUUACUGCUCAUAAAGAAACAUGCGAAACUACUCCAGGAAAUCUGUAGUGACUUCAUCUAUGCAUCAUGGAAUAAAUGUAUGAUACAUUGAAACUACAUGACUCACGUCAUAUCGUCAUGAUCAAGCAUCAUGAGAUUUGAGCAUUGUUUAAUAUUCUCACAGCAUAAAUUUGAAAAUGCUACUGAUACAUCACUGACAAUCUGUUCACUGUUUCAGAGGAACUACGCGACAAUAUAAAACUAUUAGAAGAAAUUAGGUUUGAAUUCCUAAAGUGUAAGUUGAAAUAUUGAAAUGAUUUAGAACUACCUAGUUCAAACCCUAGAAGAUGGAAUAAACUGGCUCCUUGAUGAAAUGAAGGAAGAUGCCAAGCAGUAUUAUUGAAGUGAGUUCCCACCUAGAUCCUCAACGUAUUUCAAAUAUUUAACUAACUGAACAAUUGAUUAUGAAUCAACCAGAUGAAUUCUUGAGAAACAAGUAACACUGAAAUUCUAUUCACUCUCACUUCUUGAUUACUCAUCAGUUUACAGGCAUGUCAUGAUUGAUCUUUUAGCUAACCUGCCACUUGACCACAGUCAGAGGCUGCACCAAAUAAAACGGUUGUAACAACUGUCGAGAAGAUCAUACAUUCAGAUGGUACUUUGCACUGCUGAUUCCUGUGAAGGGGAUUGUCACUUGGAAUCAACCAGAUAAUGUACACACUUAAUCUCUGUUUCAAUAUUCACUGGAAGUACUGCCUGAGGACUAGUGUAUUGGUCAGUUAAUAAAACAUUGUCGAUAACAAUUUUUUGCUGUACAAGAUACGUGUCUAUUUUUAACUCAGUUUCGCUCUGUUUCCGGUUUCAUUUUGUUUCAGGUGCAGGAAAAUGAAUUCGAUUCUAAGUGAAUUCAGGCAGUAUUGGUGAAGAGAAUACAUUGUUUGCUAAACUCUUUUUUUGCUUAAUUAAAUAUAACAUUUAACUUCGUAAGAUCUUGUUUCAGCUGGCGUUUUCUGUCUUCCUCGUAGAGUGAGUUGUGUGAGAAUGAAGUGAAUCAUUGCAACAAAUUGGCUAACCACUACUGCAGAACUCGAAGAUUAUUGUUUUGACUGACGAAGUGUUUUGAGUAUCUGAGAGGAAACGUCAAUGAGGAGAGGUUUAAUGAUUUGUCAAAGAAUAUGAAGCAUGUUUACGCAUGAAGGAAUCCCUUCUCCUCGAUAUUUUCAAGUUAUUUGAUACUCAAAUUUCCAAGAAAUACAAUGGCAGAGCUGACUUGCUAAUAUCUAGCCAAGUGGGGACUGAUGGUACGUGGGCUGGUUGUCUAUAGGUUAUUUCCUUAACAGCAGUGUACAACAUAAUAUAUUGAAUGUAUAUCUUCAGUCGAAUUAUGCGUCAUUCGAAUGCUGCAAAUUCAUCAUCCAUGUUAUGAAGUCAUAUCACGUUCUGAGAAUGACGGAAUUAAAAGCUUCAAUUCCAUGUGAAUAUGUUGACAUUACGUUUUGAGAGCUCUAAUUACCACGUAAUUAAAAUUCAUUAUUAUUGGGAUGUGUUCAAAAUGACACUGAGUAUCAAUAAAUUGUUCAAAUCUCCCUGAAUGUCAUAUAAACUUAAAUAUAGUCGAAUCAAAGCAAAUACAGUGAAAUCCAGACUAUGUUAACAACAUUCUAAAUUAUGAACAAGCGUCAAAGAGUUGCCCAUCGUUAUACAGCCGAGAUAUAUAGAUGCCGCUUUCUGCAAAAGCGACAUAUAGAAUCGACAACAAAAUGGCUGACACAUGAAUGCGUUGAAAGGAUUUCUAACUGUCAAACACGACUCUCGUCCCUGUUGGUCAAAAUCGCAAAACACUUCGAUACGAAUAUAUUUGCAAAAUCUGCCAUGUCACAGGGUAUUUUUCGACGAGUUCUUGCUUGUGUCUGUCUAGGCGUUUCUCUGUUUUUUUGUGUUUGAAUGUGUGUUUGUGUCAGUGGCUUGGUGAUCAAUUUAGCGAAUAAAUGAAUGAAUGAAUGAGUGAGUGUUAAGCGAAUGAUGAUUGCAGGCACAUGUGAAUACGUCAACAAAUAUAUACCUUCAUAGUCAAGUGAUUGCUGAAUGCGUGCCUAUCAUCGAAAUUAACAUGACAUUUCUCAGAUGUCCUGAAGCACUGAGAGACAUACAGUGAUAGAGAAGAUUAUGCUCUGUAGUGAUGUUUGAUAUUGACGUGUUCCUUGGUUAUCCUGGUGAUGUGGAAAUGGUGUGCUUUUUUCUGAGUAGCUGUAUUGCUGAUUGUGUAUGAAUCGUAUAUAUGUCAUCACAUGUCAGUGAAUAAUUAUGCGGCACGGUGAAUAUAAGUCGGAAGUCACUUAUUCAGUCAGUCUGGUAGUUAGACACUCACCACAAAGAAGGGGAACUCAUGAGGAAAAAAGCCAUUGACAAGGGUGGUCGAGUGACGAUUUUCAGUGAUGACUGAAGGUAGCAUUUACUUCUGCCAGUCAUUUUGUGACCAUUCCACGAUAGGGUUUUUAGUGUGAUUAUUCAAACAGUGAUACAGUAUUAAUUAAUUAAUUACUGUGUGCUUGUAUUAUCGAAUAAAUUUCGGCUUCGUAUGGUGGAAUCCAGUUGUACUGCGCUACAAUGUAUGCAUACGCUCUAUUGUCCUCAAAUGUACUAUUGUGGUGACAGCAGGCUGCUUGCCAAAUUGGUAGACAUAAUAUUUACGUCAAUUUUUACGUCCCAAAUAUUGGUUGUGAGAAAAUAUGAAAAGGACUGAUUCAACAACCAAUCACAGCAGAUUUUGCGUAGGCAGAUAAAGUUAACAUAUAGAUGAUCAAACAUUCAAGAGACAGUCACAAAGAGAGGCAAGGUCAACUUUUUGUGAGAAACAACCAAUCAGAAGAGUGUGUUUGUUUGCUUGAAUAGGCCAUGAUAAUGUACAUGAAAAUAUAUAAAUACGUGUUGAUUUCCUUAAUAAACGAUCUGUUGCC